CACACUAAUACACAUUUACUCUCUCUCACUUUGGCUCUCAGUCCCUCUGUCCAGACUGCUGCUUCAGACCUCACCGCCCUUUUCCAUUUAAACCAACUUUAAGCCACACUUCUGAGCGUGUGAGCCAGCAUUUCAUCCACAGCCUGCUGUACUUUCAGGAGUCUCUUAAUUUGUUAAAGUUUUAGUUGAAGAAAAUUGACCAUGAUGAGGAUCAUCCUGCUGUUACUGGUCACCCUGGCAGGGCCUUUCUCUUCCUUUACCCAAGCAAGUACUCUGGUGAUGUCAACAGAUGUUACUUCAGCUACAGAACCAAAUCUUGUCUCAGAUCAGUCUGAUUUCACACCCAAAACAGAGGGAUCAGCUACCCAAGCUGCGGUCUCAACGCCAACGCCUGCUCCUGAGGCUACAAAAACAGCGUCAUCAACAGAAGUGGUGCCAGUGGUUUCCACAACUCCACCAGUGAUACAAUCAGAACUCUCAUCAGGAACAACAGCCCCAACAGAUACAGCAAAUUCAACAGAAGCUGGACCUAAAGAGACGGCCAGCCCUGAAUCCUCUACUCUCAUUCAAGAGUCUGGAAGAGUAACUUUGAAAGCCGCAGAAACAGAAACUCCAUCAGAGUUUACAGAUGUUAAGGUGGAGGAUGAAGCUAUGGGCACAGGACAGUUGGUGGGGAUCGUCAUUGGCGCUUUGAUCGCGGUGAUUGUUGUCAUUGUUGUAAUCAUCUUGGUAGCCAAAAGAAAGGGCCAAUACUCCCCCUGAAAAGAAAGGCCUGACAGGAAGAAAAGAAGAAGUUUGGGAAGUUCUGAACUAUUGUUCUGAGGUUAAAAACAAUGCAAGCAGCACUCUCACCACCCAUCCAGGACGUACACGGGGCGCAGGAGAGUGCCCCAUCCCCUUUCCCAUUGAAAAGAUGCCCUCCCCUUUUUUUGUCCUCCUAAAAUCCUCAAUUAUCUCUCACCAGUGGGAGUUACAGUAUCUUUUUUUUUGAAAAUGCAUAUUAAUAUAAAAGGAGAUGAAUUAAUAUGUUUGUUAAGGGCCCAAUAAACAAAAACAAAGAAACAGCUGCCCAGGUAAGCAAAGGCUUGAAUGUUUUUUUUAUUCCACUGAGUAUCACGUACAGAAAAAAAAAAAAACCUAAUAGAAAAGGAUUCAUUUUCAAUAUUUAUCUCACAUAUUUUAUUACGUUUUUUUGAAGUGCAUUAAUACGGAGUGACUUGACUGUGUUGUUCUUAACUGUCACCCAUUCCAAAAGUGACAUCACUUCCUCUGGAACACAUCUUUUAUUGUGGGUUCCAAUCAGCUUAGCUCCAGCGCACAGCUGCUAUUGGCAUGUAUCUCUAAAAUUCUGAUGUUGCUCAGCCUGGACUAUAUCAUUUUAACAGCAUACAGACAUUUUGCGUGGUAGUUGUUUUUGCAUUUCUUUUUGUCAGUGUUAGGGUUUGUGUUUCUUACCGACGUUCUAGAGUGUUGCUAUCCUGGGCUUUGCUUUAAGAGAUCAGUGCAAUGAAUGAUGAAGAAGAAGUUUAAUAUUUAGAAGACACUGCAACUGUUUGCAACGAUAUUUGUGUUUUUUUUUUCUUCUUGCCAGAUUCCUCUUUAUAUCCCGUUACUCCGUGACUGCAUUUUCCCAUUUGAUGUCAGAAUCCAGUUAAAGCCGAGUGUUUGUCUUUGUAUUUUGAGGGUGGUGUUAUUUUUUUCUUAUUGUUGAAUCGGUUUAAAUAAAAAAGUUCUAAAGUA